UGCAGAUCGGGCAGCGGCGGAGCUUUGUAGCGCAGAGAUGGCGUCCCUUCUGCAGCCAGACAGGGUGGUCUAUCUGGUUCGCGGGGAAAAAAAGAUCAGAGCUCCUUUAUCCCUGCUUUAUUUCUGUCGAUACUGCAGUGAAUUACGGUCUUUAGAAUGUGUGUCUCACGAGGUGGACUCCCACUAUUGCCCAAGCUGCUUGGAAAACAUGCCAUCAGCAGAGGCUAAGCUUAAAAAGAACAGGUGUGCUAAUUGUUUUGACUGCCCUUGCUGUAUGCACACCCUGUCCACUCGAGCCACAAACAUCCCAGCUCCUUUGCCUGAUGACCCAACUAAAACCACCAUGAAGAAGGCCUAUUAUCUGGCCUGUGGAUUCUGCCGCUGGACCUCCAGAGAUGUGGGAAUGGCUGAUAAAUCAGUUGCCAGUGGUGGUUGGCAAGAACCAGAAAACCCACACACUCAGCGAAUCAACAAACUUAUUGAAUAUUACCAACCACUAGCUCACCGAGAGAAGCAAGAGAGGGACCGAAAGAAGAUGGCACGGAGAAGACAAGGGAUGCCACUGGCUUUUUCGGAAAAAUAUGGCCUGGGAACCAGACUGCAAAGGCAAAGACCUGGAGGACCUCUUUCAAGUCUAGCUGGCCUUUCUCUGAAAGAGGGGGAGGACCAAAAAGAGAUCACCAUUGAACCUGCCCAGGCCCUUGAUGAAGUGGAGCCUCUUCCUGAAGACUGUUAUACUCGGCCUGUCAAUCUCCCGGAGGUGACCACUUUGAGACAGCGUCUGCUGCAGCCGGAUUUCCAGCCUGCAAAUGCCUCUCAGCUCCACCCUAGACACAAGCACCUGCUCAUGAAGCGCUCUCUCCGCUGCAGGAAAUGUGAGCACAACUUGAGCAAGCCAGAGUUCAACCCAACUUCUAUCAAGUUUAAAAUUCAGCUGGUGGCUGUGAGUUAUAUCCCUGAAGUGCGAAUUAUGUCCAUUCCAAAUCUCCGAUACAUGAAAGAGAGUCAAGUGCUGCUAACAUUGACCAACCCAGUGGAGAAUGUCACCCAUGUGACCUUGGCGUCUUGUGAAGAAGAAGAUCCCGAUGACAUCAACAGCACAGCUAAGGUCAUGAUGCCCAGCAAGGAGUUGGUUUUGGCCGGGAAGGAUGCUGCUGCGGAGUAUGAUGAACUCGCUGAACCUCAAGACUUCCAGGAUGACCCAGAUAUUGUUGCCUUCAGGAAAUCCAACAAGAUUGGUUUCUUCAUCAAAGUGAUCCCUCAGAAGGAAGAGGACAGCGAUGUCACUGUUUCAUUUAAAAUCCGGCACGACUUUCGUAACCUGGCGGCUCCCAUCAGGCCGAGUGAGGAGGCAGGGGACGUCCAGGCAGAGGCCAUUUGGCUAACCCAUCAUGUAGAGCUGAGACUGGGGCCACUGGCUCCAUAAACAACAACAAAUACUUCAACUCACUGUCAAAGUAGGAUCUUAUGAAACUAAAUUAAAGUAUUUCAGGAAUAUGUCAUUCAGAUAGGGCCUAUAGAAAAAGAAGAUUGCGUCAUUGUAUUGUUUUGCUACUCAUCCAAAUACUUUCUUCAGUUUUGACAUAGCUCAUUCCAGUCUCUAGUAACUAUGUGCUAGUUUAAAUGUAGUUUGCUUCUCCUUAAGCUACUCCCAUGCUAGGGCUGUGUCAGAACUUUGAAGUUACUUUGAUCAGUGACAAAAUAUAUUCACUCCAAAAAAAAUUUCGGUUUCAGAUUCAACAUAUUAGCCGAUAUAUCACUUAUCCUGUGGCUUCUUGCAGUUGUUCAGUAUUGAUGUGGUUAAGAUUGUAUGAUUUCUGUUGCAACACUAUCUUAUUCAGAGCAUCCCGAAAAUAAACAUUUGAAUGGCAAACACCAUUUGUACUGAAAGUAAUCUACCUAUAAGCAUCUGUAUUCUAAAAGUCCCUUCUUUAAACACUGCAGACCAAAAUUACGGGAGUCAAAUUAUAAAUCUGGUUUUAAAGCCUUCUAAAUUAGAGGUGUUCCACAUACUUUGCACUUCCAUUGUUAUUGCUCUCGCCACUAGUACUGUAUAAAAGGGCAUGUAACUGGUAAAUCUCGCUUCUAUUUUAUUCCUGUGCAAACUUUUUUGAUUAUUCAUUUAGACUUUUAUUUGUCUUUAAGCAACCAUGAGUAUUAGGGCAGAAAUGAGGUAAAAAGCUACAUGCGCCUCUCAUAGACCUGUAAUCCAGUUUUCUUGGCAGCCUUUGUUCAUCCAAAAUUUAAUAUGUGCUCUUUUGGUUUCUUAUACUGCUCUGCUGGCUUGUAUCGUCUGCACUGUAAAAAUCUACUAAACAUGCCCGCAUUAUUCUGUUCUGGUUAAUAAAUUAAUAUUACAAAUGA